GAAUAUGAUGGUAGAAAGAGAAAGAGAGAGAGAGAGAAAGAGAGACGGAGAAAAUGAGAAGGUGAUGAAAGAGACCAGGUCGAUAAGGAUAAGAAAAUCGACAGAGAUUCUAGAGUCUCCCAAGCCAACGAGCCACUACUGCGCGAACCUGAAGAUUGUAUCCGUGUCUUGUUUUUACAGUCUCUGCCGGAACGGCCUGGGUCUUAGCUAAAGUCUAGAAGGUGCUGGUGGUGGGGGGCAAGGGGAAAGGAAAGAAACUCAAAGGAGGGAGGGCAACUCAAGCUGGUUGAGAGGCGAGGGAGGAGCUACUGGUUGCGGGGCCCUACUUGGGCCAGCCACGUACUGAAACAACUAGUUCUCGGAGAACCGUGACUCCUUUCAGAGUUGACCCUUUCCCCGCGUGUGUUUGGCUCAAGUCGCCAUUUUUAAUCAAAUGAAAAUCCAAAACACAAACCAAAUACCUGGAUUAUUAAAAUGUCAUCCUCACUAUUCUCAUCAUCAACAAGAAAUUAAUUCUUCAUUCCAAUUAUCAAACUUAUCUUUUGUUCUCAAAUACAAGAAAACAUCAACUGCACUAAUUCAACAAUAAAAAAGGAACAAUGGACUAAAGGAAUAACAACUUGAUCACAAAAACAAAAUUUUGAAAUUAUUUCGAUUUCAAAAAGAAUCGAGAAAAGAUGUCGGAGUGUAAAUAUUACGCGAAAGUGCGGUGGUUAUGUUUCACGAUAAAAUUAAAUACAGUAAUGUGGUAUCAAUAGAAUUUACCGAAUUAUAAAUGGGCUGAGGAUUAAAAAAAAAUCCAGAGCCCCAAAAUAGCGAAGAGACUAUUUCCCCCCCUUCCCUUCCCCCCCAGUUAACAAUAAGAAAAAAAUGCUGGGAAGUCCGGCGUUCUUUGCAAUAUUGUUGGGAACGAUAUUCGGUGUUCUCGGUGCCUCGUUAAGCAAGGCCCUGAGGUACAAAGCGCCGGAUGAAUGCGAAUGGGUUGCGACGGGCGAUUCAGUUGAUGAUGUUUCGCUCGUUUGCCGAUUGAGAACAAUAAAUAGCGAAUUGGAGAACACUAAUUUCAGUGUUAUUCAACCACAGCAUACAGUACGUUUAAAAUUAAUAUGCAGCGAUGCACUAUUCUAUCAAAGUUCAUUGAGUGCCGGAAGUUUUCGACCAUUAAUCGAAUUACGUGAUUUGAUUAUUGAAUAUUGUAAAAUUGGCAAUUUAUCAGACGAGGCUUUUAAGGGUCUCAAAGAAUUGAGAAAUUUAACUGUUCGUACGCAUAAUACUGAUUGGUCAUCGAUGUCAUUGGAAAUAUCGUCACGUGCAUUCACUGAGGAUUUACAAAAAUUGGAGAAAUUGGAUUUAAGUGAAAAUAAUAUGUGGAGUUUACCGGAUGGUCUAUUGUGUCCGCUACGUUCAUUGGAAGUGUUGAAUUUGGCGAAAAAUCGUUUAAGGGAUGUUGAGGGUUUUCAGUUCGGUUAUCGUGGUCGUUGUGCAAUGAAUUUGAAAUGUUUGAAUUUGAGUAACAAUAGUAUUGAAUCGUUACCAUCGGCAACGUUCGCCGGUUUAUCGAGACUUCAGAAUUUGGAUUUAAGUGGUAAUUCGAUAGUGUCGAUGGCUGAUCGUACUUUCGAGGGUUUGACGUCAUUGACCGUUAUCACAUUGGCGAAUAAUCGUUUGACUAGUUUACCACCGGAAUUAUUUAGUGAUUCACGUGAUGUGAAUAAAAUUUAUCUACGUAAUAAUACAUUGAGUGUGUUGCCGCCUGGACUCUUUGGUGAAUUGACCCAGUUGGUGGUAUUGGACUUGUCGAGAAAUGAAUUGACAUCAGAAUGGGUGAAUGCUGCGACCUUCGGGGGUCUCGUUCGUUUGGUUGACUUGGACUUGUCCUGUAAUCGAAUAGCACGUCUCGAACCGGCUGUUUUUCGGGAUAUGUACAGUUUGCAAAUAUUGAGAUUACAGGAGAAUUUGAUAGAGAAUUUGGUGGAUAAUACAUUUGCGUCGUUGUCGAAUUUACACACUUUGGUAUUGAGUGAUAAUCGUUUGACUGAAAUUGAUGGUUCGACAUUGAGUGGACUUUACGUUUUGAGUCUACUUUCAUUGGAUAAUAAUCGUCUCGCGAGUUUGAGUACAAAUUCUUUUCGUAAUGCAUCGUCCCUGCAGGAUCUUCAUCUAAAUGGAAAUCGAUUGACGGAAGUUCCGGAUGCAUUGAAGGCAACUCCAAGCUUAAGAACCCUUGAUCUUGGGGAAAAUCUCAUUUACGAAAUACCAGACGGCACGUUCGAUCACGUAUCCCAAUUGUACGGUUUACGCUUGACCGAGAAUCACAUUGGCAAUUUGUCAAAAGGUAUAUUCGAUAAGAUCAAAGAACUCAAGAUACUCAAUCUAUCGAGAAAUAGGAUACAGUUCAUCGAGCCUGGCUCGUUCGACAACAAUCUUAACCUUCAGGCAAUUCGUCUCGACGGGAAUCAACUAACGGAAAUUGGUGGUUUGUUCACGUCUCUGCCGAAUUUAGUGUGGUUGAAUGUUAGUGACAAUAUGUUAAAAAGAUUCGAUUAUUCAAUGAUACCGAGUGGAUUACAGUGGUUGGACAUACAUUCCAAUGAAAUUAGUGUGCUGGAAAAUAAUCUCGAUAUUGAAACACAGUUGCAUUUGAGCACUUUUGACGCGAGUGAAAACAAACUAACGGAAAUAACGACAAAAACGAUACCGAUGAGUAUCGAAACACUGCUACUGAAUGACAAUCUAAUAACCCAAGUGAUGAGUUACUCGUUCCUGAAGAAGCCGAAUUUGACCCGAGUGAAUCUGAAGGGGAACCGAAUAAGCAAACUAGAUCCCUACUCGUUUCGUCUAACGAACGUGCCGUACGACAAACAAAUUCCAGAAUUCUACAUCGGUGACAACGACUACCUGUGCGAUUGCUCCAUGGAAUGGUUACAGGAAGUGAACAACAAUCAAUCGGAAAAUCGCAAUCAACCGCAAGUGAUGGACCUCGAGAGUAUCUACUGUAAACUUCUCUACGAUCGCGAACAUCAAUACGUGCCACUCGUUGAGGCAUCACAUUCACAAUUUCUCUGCAAGUACGAGGAUCAUUGUCUCGUACUGUGUCAUUGUUGUGACUUCGAUGCAUGCGACUGUGAAAUGACCUGCCCCGCCAACUGUACCUGCUAUCACGAUCAAUCGUGGUCGGCUAAUGUCGUUGAUUGUUCAAGGGCCGGCCACACGGGCAAACUUCCCGAGCAAAUACCAAUGGACGCAACUCGCCUCUACCUGGACGGAAACGAUCUUCGUGUUAUAUCAAGUCACGCCUUCAUUGGUAGGAAAAAAUUAAAGGUUCUCUUCCUCAACAAUUCAAAUAUCGAGAUUGUACAAAAUCGCUCCUUCAAUGGUCUACGCGAACUCGAGGAUCUCCAUCUACAGGACAAUGGAAUUCGGGAAUUACGUGGUCACGAAUUUGAGGGACUUGAGUCAUUAAAAAUACUCCAUUUGGAGAAUAAUCGUCUCACGAUGAUUGGUAAUGGGACAUUUGUUUCUUUAGUGUCGUUAAGAAUUCUACGACUUAAUGGCAAUCGACUGAUGAAAUUAUCAGUCUGGUCAUUACCGACAAGCAUCGAAGUGACAUUAGCGGGGAAUUUAUGGUCGUGUGAUUGUGAUUAUCUCAAGGAUUUUCGUAAAUGGAUACAGAGUCCAAAGGUCAUUGUCACUGAUGUUAAGGAACUGGAAUGUUUCACGAAUACAACACAAGAUAUCGAUGAUGAUAAUAAUCCAAUCGAGGACAAUGGAAUCGAACUUUCCUUGUUAACGACCAGUUACAGUGCAAAUGGUACCAUCUGCUCGAGUCUCGAGAACGUUGAGAAUAGCAGCGUGUACGGGAAUUUUGCUAAAAAAACAUCGUUCAGUGAUCAGGAUUAUCUUCCAUUGCUUGUUAGUACACUAGUCGCAUUCUUAAUUCUCGUGAUCACGUGCAUUCUCGCCUUUAUAUAUCGACACGAACUUAGAGUUUGGUUUCAUUCGCGCUUUGGUGUGAGGAUAUUUUAUCGUCACGCUGAUGUUGAUCGUGAUGAUCGUGACAAAUUAUUUGACGCUUUUGUCAGUUAUAGUUCCAAGGACGAGGCAUUUGUUGCCGAAGAAUUGGCACCUGUUUUAGAAACGGGUAAUCCAUCCUACAAACUUUGUCUUCAUUAUCGUGAUUUUCCGGUGGGUAAUUUCAUUGCCGAUACCAUUGUCCAGGGUGUUGAAUCAUCACGACGCACGAUAAUGGUAUUGUCGGAGAAUUUCAUUAAAUCAGAAUGGUGUCGUUUUGAUUUUAAAUCGGCGCAUCAUCAGGUGUUACGUGAUCGAAGACGACGAUUGAUAUUGGUAUUGGUUGGUGAAGUGCCACAACGUGAUUUAGAUCCGGACAUUAGACUUUAUCUCAAGACAAAUACAUAUUUACAGUGGGGUGAUAAAUUGUUUUGGGAAAAAUUACGAUUUGCCCUGCCCGAUGUGCCAAAUAAUCAGAGAACAACGCCUAGACGACAACCACCACCUGUACGACGGCAACACAACAACCAGAUGUCCAACGGAUCACGAACACUUGCUGUUCAUAUUUAAUUCUCUCCAAAAAAAAAAAAAAAAAACACCAGCUGGAAAUACGGAAAAAAAAUUCUAUCCCGAAAAUCUCUUUAGUGUCAACUUAAAAAAAAGUUUUUUGUGUUCUACGCUGUCAGUGAAAACUAAAAAUCUUCGUUUGUUCCCAGUGCAUCGUUGUUAGUGCCAAAAAAACAAAAUUUUCCGUUCCAUUGAAAUUGAGACCUUCAUUCAUUCUAUUUCAAUGCGACCAAAAAUCAACCAAGUGAAUAUUAGUCUGUACAUAUUAAUUAAUAGAUCUGGAAAAAUAAUUUUGUAAAUUUCUGUAAAUUUACAAAUACGUGUAAAUAUAAUUAAGUUUUCAAAUUCAAAAAAAAGUUGAAAAUCGUGUUCGCGAAAUUUUGAAAAAAAAAUGUCAGAAAAAUCACUAAAUAGGGAAAAAAUUUGUGAAAAUUUUGUGCUUUCCUUUUUUUCCGAUAUUGCUGUGUAUGUAAAUUUUCGUCUCUUUUGUGAAACUAUUGUGAUCAUCGCUUGUAUCAAAAUUAAAAAUCUCUCCCUAGUGACACGAAUUUAUUAAUAUUAAAUUUUUCCGCGCGAUUUUAAUAUUGUCCACGUAAUUAUAGAAGCGAAUUUAUAAUUACGAGUUUCUUUAUUGUGAUUUCUAGUUAUUUUUAUUUUUCUAAUUGAAUUUUUAAAAUUCCUUUUUCUCACAAAAAAAAUGAGAUGAUAUUUUUUGUAAAUUUUAUUAAUUUAUAAAAGAAGCAAAAUAAUGAGAAAAUUUAUCUGUGACUUGUCGGAGAGUAUUAGGCAAUUGAUCGAGUUUUUGGAUUAUUUAUCAAAAGAAAACCAAAAGGUAUGUUGUAUAGCUAUGUAUUUUAUUUAUUAUUAAAAAGCAAACGUCGCGGGCAAAUUUUAAUUCCUGUAACGAAAAAAAAUGGGAAAAAAAUUCUUGUUUAAAAGAAUAAAGAAAU